UCCUGGUGCAUUGAGGCGCGGGCGUCUGCGCGAGCCUCCCCCAGAGACCACCAUGUCCCCUGCGGGCAGCAGCAUUACCCGGAGGCAGUCCUUGCUCGGCGGGCAGGUCGGCUGCUUUCGUCUCCUCUCAUGACAGGUGGCUGCCUGCCCAGUCCAGCACCAUGCACACGCUUGUGUUCCUCAGCACACGGCAGGUGCUCCAGUGCCAGCCAGCUGCCUGCCAGGCUCUGCCCUUGCUGCCCAGAGAACUCUUCCCCCUGCUCUUCAAGGUGGCCUUUAUGGACAAGAAGACAGUUGUACUUCGUGAGCUGGUGCACACAUGGCCUUUCCCACUGCUUAGCUUCCAGCAGCUGCUGCAGGAAUGUGCCCAUUGUAGCCGGGCCCUGCUACAGGAGCGGCCCAGCACUGAGAGCAUGCAGGCUGUGAUCCUGGGGCUGACUGCCCGGCUCCAUAGUACAGAAGCUGAUGCUGGCACACAAUCCCUUUGCAGGAAGCAUGCAUUGCGGGUGCUGGACAUGACUGGUCUCCUGGAUGAUGGUGUGGAGCAGGAUCCUGGUACCAUGAGCAUGUGGGACUGCACAGCAGCUGUGGCCCAAACAUGUAUUGCCCAGCAGCAGGGCGGGACUGCUGAGCGGGGGCAGUUAGCUGUCCCUGUGGAAGUUCGUGUGGAUCUUAGGGUGAACCGGGCCUCCUAUGCAUUCCUUCGUGAGGCACUCCGGAGCAGUGUGGGCAGCCCACUGCGGCUCUGCUGCCGGGACCUCCGGGCUGAGGACCUACCAAUGCGCAACACUGUGGCCCUGUUGCAGCUUCUGGAUGCAGGCUGUCUGCGCCGUGUGGACCUGCGCUUUAAUAACCUGGGCCUUCGUGGCCUGUCUGUUAUCAUCCCCCAUGUGGCCCGCUUCCAGGACCUGGCUAGCCUGCGGCUGCACUAUGUACAUGGGGACUCAAGGCAGCCUUCUGUGGAUGGUGAGGACAACUUUCGCUACUUUCUGGCCCAAAUGGGCCGCUUUACGUGUCUUCGGGAGCUUAGCAUGGGCUCUUCUCUCCUUUCAGGCAAGCUGGACCAACUGCUUAGCACCCUGCAGAGCCCCCUGGAGAGCCUGGAGCUGGCCUUCUGUGCACUAUUACCUGAGGACCUAUGCUUCCUGGCACAGAGCUCCCAUGCUGCCAACCUCAAGAAGCUGGAUCUGAGUGGUAAUGACCUGUCAGGCAGCCAACUGCCCCCCUUCCAGGGCCUGUUGCAGGCAGCAGCAGCCACAUUGCUCCAUCUUGAGCUGACUGAGUGCCAGCUUGCUGAUGCCCAACUGUUGGCCACACUGCCCACCUUGACUCGAUGUGCCAGUCUCCGCUACCUUGGUCUCUAUGGCAACCCUCUGUCCAUGGCAGGUCUCAAAGAGCUGCUUCGGGACUCUGUGGUGCAGGCUGAACUGCGCACUGUGGUGCACCCCUUCCCUGUGGACUGCUAUGAGGGCCUUCCAUGGCCACCACCUGCCUCUGUCCUGCUUGAGGCUUCCAUCAAUGAGGAGAAGUUUGCCCGUGUAGAAGCUGAGUUGCACCAGCUGCUGUUGGCCUCAGGCCGUGCCCAUGUACUCUGGACCACAGACAUCUAUGGGCGCCUAGCUGCAGACUAUUUCAGCCUGUGAUCUCUGGAAUCUGGCUGAGAGAUAGGUCAAGAGCCUUUGGGGUUGUGCUGGAGGCCUGACAAAGGCCUCUCAAGUUUUCUGCAGGGUCUGCCUUGUUCCUAAGUGUACCUACCUUGAGGCUCCUCCUCUGCUUCCUGCUUCCAGUAUUUGGCUGUCUCUGGGUACUUCAGACCUGUACUCCCCUGCUCUGUGUGGCUGCACUUAGUUGUGCACAACUUCAGAGUUGUGGGCCUCUCUGCAGAAAAUGGUAUCUAGGCGCUUCAUAUCUCUACUAGGAGUGCAGUGCACUGGGGUGGUUGUCCGGAUGACGUCUACUUCAGGGAGGCUUGGGGGUACCCCAUGCAGCCUGGGGCCUUGUACCAUGUUCCCUGCUUUGGCACCUAAGCCACCUUGUCAUCUGGCUCUAGAGGGUGUCAUCAAGGUACAAAUGUGCAGUGUGUCUGGAAUUUGAAUUUGUGGCCUUUUCUUUGAUGAGGGGGUCCUGACUGGACAGAAAGACCUGCCCCCAUCUCUGCUGUUAGCCCCAGCAUGGCCUGUAAUCAACCAUGCCACCUGCCCCACCCACUCGCUGG